AUGACAAGGAGCCUGCGUCUUCCAACAGCCGGCCAGGAUGCAACGGCAGACAUAGAGAUUAAAAUCUUUGAGGCAGCUUGUCAGAUACUCUCGGCGACUAAGGAGCCGAUCAAAGUAUCCGGUAGCAAAUCAACGUUGAAACCGGAGUACAUUCCUAUUUGUGAUAUCUUCGCAAGGGCGAUUCUAGCAAGGGGAGGGAACUACAGCAGCCUAACCAAAGACAAAAUCAGGAUGCUGGUCGGCCUGAUAGAAGGAACAAAGGUUAACUGGGCGAAGGCAGUGUUCCACAAUUUGAUGAAAAUGCCGGCCCCCGGUUCCACAGGUGGCCGAAAGAAAGCAACCGGCAAGAAAGCAGCCCCAGCCAAAGAAAAGGCCGAAAGCAAAGGAAAAGAGAAAGUAACUUUCUCGGAACCGCCGCAACAAAUGGAGGAGGAAGAGUCGGCUUCCCUUUCUGAAAGAACCGAUACAGAAAAGACCGACGACGAAAGAUCGGCCAAUGAAGAAGAGCAUUCGGGCCAGAGCCCCGAUAAUGUCGGUCCUGAUGCAAAUCCUGAGACCACCGAGGGCGGUGAAGAGGAUGGUGAAGAAGGUGGUGACGAAGGCGGUCACGAAAGCGGUAACAAAGAUAAUGAAGAGGACGAAGAAGCAGAGGCCGAUAGGGUAGCUCUGAAACUCCUAAAGGGCAUUAAAAAGCGAGCCGAGAUGAUUGAGGAGUUAUACCUUGGAUGGCAUGAGCACCGGUUCGGCAAACGGUAUAGGCAAAUCCUACCGGACUACACAGACGUGGAAUGCCUCCAAAGACUGAAGAGAGUGGAGGACGUGGUCAUGGAUAUAACAAAAUCUGAAACCAUUGAAGAGAAGCUAACCAUACGUAUCCGGAAGAUUACGGCGAAGUUUGAAGAGGUGGGACCGGAAGACACCUUAACAUCGCUGGUGUUGGAAAGGCUUGAAAAAGCCAAAGGAGACCUUAUUCAAGAAAUUGACCGGCUGGAGGCAAUAUACGGUCAAAGGGAAAUACCGGUCUAUACAGCUCCCCGGAUUGAUUCAAGCCCAGAUCACUGUCCAACACCUCCAAGGGCGAAUUCGGCAACAGAGGAAUCCGAUGAAAGGGCGGAUCCUCCUCUCACCGGGCAAUCUCCACUUACACAACCGGAAGUCUCCGAAUCAGACUUCACAAAAGAAUGGGUUGAGAGCCGCUUUCAAGAGUUUGAAGACUCCGAGGUUCUCCCUUUGAAGGAGAAAUUCCAAAGAACCGUUUGCUCGGCACUCAAGUUCGCCAACACCACAAGCAAACAUCUUAAGCGAACCGUAAUUUUGGAGGAUACGACCUCCGAGAUAAAAGAGAACUUUGCCCGGCUUGAAAGAGAGACCGAUCAACGAUUAACAGAGGUUGCUAACGACCUGGUCGGCACAACACUCGGACGGGUCUCCGAACUUGAGAAGAAGAAUGCCGGUCUCGAAGACGAACUCAAGGCGCUUUCCGCUCAAGUUGCCGAACUACUCAACGCAAAGAUAAAUGCGGAUGCCGCGGCUGUAGAGGCUGAUGCCCAAGCGGCUAAGAAGGUCCAGGAUGAGCUGGACGCCGAAGCAAGAAAGGAAAAGGAGGCACCGAGACCAUCGCAACUUACCAAGGAGGAAGAGGAAGCCGAGCGAAUUCGAAGGGCAGAGGUUAAGUUUCCAGGACUUGCAAAGAAGGCAGCCGCUCAAGCUGCGAAGGAUGCUGCGCGAUUAGAAAGGGAAAGACGGAGGCUGGAAGGCUUCGCAGACGACAACAAAAAGAAUAAGGCGGCCUCUUCCGUCUCAGGUCCGACAAAGCGAAAGAGGGAACCUUCAAAGAAAGUUCAAAUAGCCGACCUGCUCAAUGAGGUCACUGAAACGGUCUUUGAGAGUAUACCGCAGCAGGCUACUCAAGUCGAAGAGGAGGAUGAAGAACACCUGCAGCCCCGGUCUAUAAGACAACGAGUCUCCGAACCGGCCAGUCGACCGCAACCGAUGAAGAAAAAGUGGAACAUAUAUGACUUCUCGGACUCGGAAUAG